CAGAGUUCGAUUUCCAUUUUCGGGUCGAACUCGAAAGAUCGAGUUUUUGGAUUUUGGAUGAUAGAUUCAGCGCCUAAAAAUCUUCUGAUAUGGAAACUUAAAUCCCAGAGUUCCUCGCGUUUGGGAGAAGAGAAAGAAUCAUAUUUGGAGCUAAUCUGAUGAAUGGAGGAGGCUCUAGUUUGCGUUCAGCAUUGUCCUAUUGUGUACAACAAGUACGAAACUAUGACUAUCAUCACUACCUCUGUCUCCUUGAACUCCCAACUGAGAUGCGUAAAGCCGCAUUUGCUCUCCGGGCUUUCAAUGUAGAAACCGCUAGAGCCAUGGAUGUUGCAUCUGAUCCCAAGAUUGGCUUGAUGCGGCUACUUUGGUGGCAAGAAGCAAUUGACAAACUCUACACCAAAAAACCCAUUAACCAUCCAGCUGCACAAGCUCUGUCUUGGGCAAUAUCAGAGCAUAACAUCAGUAAACCUUGGCUAAAGCGCUCAGUUGAAGCUAGAAUCCGAGAUGCGCAAAGAGAAGUAGACGAUAUACCAGAGAGUAUCGAGGAGCUAGAGAAAUACGCAGAAGACACAGUUUCCACUCUUCUGUACAAUACACUCCAAGCUGGCGGAAUUAGUUCAACAACAGCGGAUCACGCAGCUUCACACAUUGGUAAAGCCAGUGGUCUUGUCUUGCUACUGAAAUCAUUACCGUACCACUGUACCAGAAACCGUCACCAGAGUUACAUCCCUGCAGAUCUCGCUGAGAAGCACGGGUUGCUCGUGAAACAAGGCGGACGAUUAGAAAUUCUUCUGGAUAACAAUUCAAGAGAAGGACUAAGUAAUGUCGUGUUUGAGAUUGCAUCUGUUGCCAAUGCACAUCUCCUGAAAGCCCGUGAACUGGCGGGAAAGGUUCCUGCUGAAGCUAAACCCGUUCUGCUUCAUUCUGUACCGGUACAAGUUCUUCUGGAUUCGUUAAAUAAAGUACAAUUCGAUGUGUUUGAUCCCAGGAUUCAAAGAGGAGUUCUUGGUGUUCCUCCACUCUUGUUUCAGUUUAAACUCAAGUGGUAUUCAUGGAGAGCUAUGUUCUGAAAAACUUGCGUCUUUUUCUCGGCUUUCUUGCCUUUAUUCUGGUUUCAGAGACAUUACAUUAAAAUUUCAGUUUCUUUGUAUUUUUCCUUGUAAUAAAUAAAAAUUUACAAA